CAAGGUCAAAAUCGCCAUUACCUCAUCCAAGAACCGUGGAAGAAACCACCGCAAAAGCGAGCAGCAAGCAAAAUAGAGUAGCUGCUAGCACAAAGAUGGUUCCGAAACAAAGCAUAGCUCUCACGUGUUACUCACGCAUCACAAUCUUCCUCUGCGUUCUAACCCUAUCAACUUCUCUCCACCGCUUCUCAGAGAAUCACGAAACCUUGAUUCAAAACGUGGCUAGAAAGCUCGAACUCAAAGACAACGAGCUUCUGAAAACAGAGAAGAAGUUCAAAGUUUUCAUGGAAGAUUACUCGAAACGGUAUUCAACGAGGGAAGAGUAUCUGCUACGGCUUGGAAUUUUCGCGAGAAACAUGGUGAAAGCAGCGGAGCACCAGGUACUCGAUCCCACCGCCAUUCACGGCAUCACACAGUUCUCCGAUCUAUCCGAAGAGGAGUUUGAGCGUUUUUACACUGGCGUUAAGGGCGGAGGAUUACUCGCGAGUAAUGCCGCCGGUGAGGUGGCGCCGCCGUUGGAUGUGGAAGGCUUGCCGGAGAAUUUUGAUUGGAGGGAGAAAGGGGCUGUUACUGGAGUUAAGAUGCAGGGUAAAUGUGGAUCUUGCUGGGCUUUCAGCACUACAGGAUCUGUAGAAGGAGCCAAUUUUCUUGCCACUGGCAAACUUCUCAGUCUUAGUGAACAACAGCUCGUGGACUGCGACAACAAGUGUGACAUAACAGAGAAGACAUCAUGUGACAAUGGUUGUUAUGGAGGUCUUAUGACAAAUGCCUAUAAUUAUUUGAUUGAGGCUGGUGGAUUGGAAGAGGAAACUUCAUACCCUUACACUGGGGAUCGAGGUGAAUGCAAGUUUGAUCCAGAGAAAGUAGCAGUUAGAAUCACAAAUUUCACCAAUAUACCUGUUGAUGAGAACCAAAUUGCUGCAUAUUUAGUUAAACACGGUCCACUUGCAAUGGGAGUAAAUGCGAUUUUCAUGCAAACUUAUAUUGGUGGUGUCUCGUGCCCACUCAUUUGCAGCAAGAGAAUGCUCAACCAUGGUGUAUUGCUAGUGGGAUACAAUUCCAAAGGCUUUUCCAUUCUCAGGUUUCGCAAGAAACCAUAUUGGAUUAUCAAGAAUUCGUGGGGAGAACGAUGGGGAGAAAAAGGGUAUUACAAGCUUUGUCGAGGACAUGGUAUGUGUGGAAUGAACACAAUGGUUUCUGCUGCAAUGGUGGCUCAAACACAACCAGCUGAAGAAGACAAAUUAUAUGCUUCCUAUUAGCUACCUGCUCUUGCCUUGUUAUUAUGUAGUCAUUUAAACUAUUUGCAUUAAGUUCUUUAUUGUAGUAAAAUACUUCUUAUUAGAUACUUUAAUAUAUGCUAGUUUCUGGAUGUAAUGUACUACUAUAUUAUAUGAUUCGGAAUAUAUGUGUAAGCUAUUUAGACCACUAAA